GCGUUCCCAAUGUGGCACAAUGGAUCAGUGGCAUCUUGGUAGUGCUGGGACACAGGAUUGAUCCCUAGCCUGGCACAGAGGGUUAAGGAUCCAGUGUUGCAGCUGCGGCUUAGGUGGCAACUGUGGCUCAGAUGUGAUCCCUGGCCCAGGAACUCCAUAUGCCUCUGGGCGGCCAAAAAAUAAAAAUUGACAGAAAAAAUUUUCAAUAGGAACAUUGGUAAACUUUAAGAAAUCAUUUGUCUGGAGUUCCUGUUGUGGUGCAGUGGAUAUCCGACGAGUAUCCACGAGGAUGCAGGUUUGAUCCCUGGCCUUGUUCAGUAGGUCGGGGAUCUGAUGUUGCCAUAAGCUGUGGUGUAGGCCAGCAGCUGUAGCUCUAGUUUGACCCCUAGCCUGGGAACUUCCAUAUGCCAUGGGUGCGGCCCUAAGAAGAAAAAAAAAAAAAAUCACUUGUCUUCAAAUUAUUUCAGUGAGGAGCUCCCAUUGUGGCACAGUGGAAGCCAAUCCAACUAUGAACCAUGAGGUUGCGGGUUCAUCCCUGGCCUUGCUCAGUGGGUUAAGGAUCCGGUGUUGCUGUGAGCUGUGGUGUAGGUCACAGACACGGCUCAAAUCUGGCAUUGCCGUGGCUGUGGUGUAGGCUGGUGGCUAUAGCUCUAGUUAGACCCUUAGUCUGGGAACCUCCAUAUGCCACAGAAGUGGCCCUAAAAAGCAAAAAAAAAAAAAAAAAAUAUUUCAGUGAUUAGACUCUAGAAGCCAUGCUGUCUUUUUCUGUACUAAUUUAUUAUAAACUGAGAAAUGUGAAUUGAAGAAAUAAAAUAUUCUUCAAUCCUCUAUUGUUUCUGAAUAAAGCUACGUGGAAGGUGAAGAUGGUAUUAGUUGAAAUGACUAGUUAUGUAUAUUUAGGAUUUUUUUUUUGUAGUUAAAAUAAUAUCUUUAGCUCCUAUUAUCUAAACAUUUAAUAUUUAAACUGAUUAUAAAAUCAAAAAGGAUUCAUGCUUCUAUAAAAAUAAUUUUUCUGUACUUAUUAUUGAAGUAUAAUAUCCCAAAUAAAGAAACUUUAUAAAGUUAUCAAAAACAAAUUGUAAUGUCAUUAGAAUAUUUACUUAAUUCUGGCUUAUGGCUCCCUAAAAUAAAAUGCCAUACUUCCCUCAAAUAUAUUAUUAAGCACAAAAGCUUUGGUGCUGUUAACUUCGAUGAACAAAAUAAUAGAGUUUUAUGAUUUGGUUGAAACAAUUAAAAUCAUUUCUUUAAAGUGCAUUGUAACUUGUCCUUCAGUUCGAGAUGAACAACCUCUACUCCAGCAUGAGAAUGAGACCUUGUAGGAGUUCCCAUUGUGGCACAGGGGAAACCAAUCCGACUAGUAAUCAUGAGGUUGCAGUUCAAUCCCUGGCCUUGCUCAGUGGGUUAAGGAUCUGGCAUUGCUGUGAGCUGUGGUGUAGCUUGCAGAUGUGGCUUGAUUCGACCCCUAGCCUGGGAACCUCCAUAUACAGCCCUAAAAAGCAAAAAGAAGACUCUGACUCUCUGCAAUUUUAUUUUAAUAAAGGGAAGAGAAUUGUGUUUUCAUGGAAUAAUCUCAUCAAUAUUUGAGUAGUAAAUUAAAAAAAAAAUACAAACAUUAAUUUCAUAUCUUUGUUGAAAAUACAGCAGUCGUAAAGAAGUUUUAGAAGAAAAAGUACAUGUUCCUAACUCAAGUUCUUGUUCCCUUCAAAAUUUCUGCCACACAUGCACAUACCUAUACAUCAACUAAGCAGUGAUUUACGUGAUUUCUAAACAGUGUUUUUAUUUUUACUUUUAAAAACACUAUUCAUUUACAUCUCUGCUCCAUUUUCCCUACAGGUUGCCAUUACUUUUCUCUUUCCACACACUAUUUUGGUCAUGAUAAUUAUUUUAACUUUUUUUUUUUUUUCUUUUUUGGCUGCCCCAUGGCAGAUGGAGUUCCCACGCCAGGGAUCAGAUUCAAGCUGCAGUUGUGACCUAUGCUGCAGCAGUGGCAAUGCAGGAUCUUUAACCCACUGCUUGGCCGGUGAUUGAAUCUGCAUCCCAGGUCCCUUCAGAGAAGUCUCCUAACCCGUUGUUCCACAGCAGGAGCUCCUGUCAUAAUUAUUUACAGGGGUGACAAUUGCUCUUGCGGACACCCUUCCCCCUGUAAACAAAAAAAAACAAAAAAAAAACCCCACAUUCAUCUCAAACAAACUUGGAUGAAGAAAGUUCAAUGUAAAGUGAUUGUGUAAUGGAUUUUCAACUCCUAUAAGUGGUAGAGGAGACAACUCAGUCUGAAAAAGUAAAUAUAGGAGUAUAAUGUCUCUUAAGUACUAUGUAGUUUAAUAAUGAUCACAUUGAUUCAUUACCCUAUUGUAUCUAAUUGCAAUGAGUAUGUUUGAAUAUGUAAUUUUUUCCCUUGAAUUAUUUUCUAAGGACAGACUUCUAGGUAUGAUAUUUACAGUGCUUCCAGUCAUUUUUAAUAACCGUUCCAAAUGUUUGAAUUAUUUACACUGCUCAUCUUACCAAAAUCUAGCUAGAUUGUUUUACUAUUUAAAGUCUUAAAAUUAUAAUUGAUUCCUUAUUAACUUCCAAGUUGAGGUGAAUUCUUGGAUUGCAAUUUUACUACUAUAACUAUUUUUUGUGAUUAUGAUAUUUGAAAAAAAUAUGAAAUUACCCUUCUGUGUGUGAAGAGCUAGAUUUCUUUCCGAUUGUUACUAUGUAGUACAUUUAUCAGAAUGUGAAAGAAAGAUCUAGUCUUUGGGUUCUAACAUCAUUUAAUAUGUUGGAGUUUCUGUUGUGGCUCAGUGGGUUACAAACCUGACUAGUGUUCAUGAGGAUGAAGGUUCGAUUCCUGGCCUUGGUCAGUGGGUUAAAGAUCCAGCGUUGCCCUGAGCUGUGGUGUAGGUCACAGACAUGCCUCGGAUCCCCCCCGUUGCUCUGGCGUAGGCUAGCAGCUGCAGCUCUCAUUGAUCCCCUAGCCUGGGAACUUACAAAAUCAUUAAAUGUCCACUCAUGACAAUAUUUCUACCUCUCUGAAAAUGAUUGAAUCAGAUAAGAAUCUACUUUUUAAAAAAUUCUCAACAUUACCCACCAGAACAAUUCAGACUUUUCAUAGACAGUAAUACCAGUGUUCUUCAAUAAUGAAUAUUUAAAGGAACUGUCUUGGAAAUUAAUUCCAGAAUGGAUUAUCUUUAUUAUAUUUUUACUCUACUCUCGAUAUUGAUCCUUGCAAUGGAUUCCAACUUGCAAUAUGCUUUAAAGAAAAAAAGUAGGCAUCUUAUGGUGAUUUUGGAUAUUAGCAUUUUUCCGUAAGGUUUUUCAAUUUGAAAGUUUAUCUUUUGACAUUGAGUAUUCCUUGGUGGGACUAAAAUUUUUGCUGAAUAGCUGACAAACCUCUGUAACUUUUAAGUAGGCUGGAUAGAUAUUAUUUAUUUUUAUACCAAGGUGUUUUGAAAGUAGAGAGUUUUGAGAAAGAGCAAAUCCUAGCUGUCAAAAUGCACAAAAGUAAACAUUAUGAAAGAAUUGCUGAAUCACUAAUGUAAAGCUGCUUGGUCUAUAGAGUAGGUGUUCUCGAAUCUUUAAAGAUUAACCUGUGAUCAUUACCUUUCCACUAUACUCUAUAUGUAUAUGUAUGUUUACUUUUUCUGAUAAAUGUUCUUUUGUCUUUCAAUUUUACAGACAAGAUAUUUAUGUAUAAUGCUCUGUGCAGUUCUUUUGACAUCUUAGUAAUUCAUCUUUCCAAUAUCAUAUUAGAAUUGGGAACAUUUCUGAAAAGAUAAUGAAACCAAAUAGGAGAUAAAAGAUGAGUUACAGACAUUGAAAAUAUUUCUUAUAAAUACCCAACAUUUAUAUUUUAAAAAGCAGGCAUCAAAAGAGUACAUAAAUGAUAUAUGACAUAAACUUUGUUAUAAAAAAACAAAUACAAAACGACAAAAAUAACCAUGAAUAGUUACAGAAAAAAGGGAUUAGAAGGAAAUAUACUAACAUUUGGCAGGGUUUACCUAAAACGGUAUGAUAGGAAAGUUUUUAUUUUAUUCUUUUUUCUUUCUGUGUUUUCUAAAAUCUUAAUGAGUAAUUAUAUUUAUAAUAAGGGAAAAUGUGUUUUUCAAGGAAAAAUAUUUCUCAUAUUUCUGCCUCAUAAAUAGCAUAUCCAGAUUUUAAACUGAUCUGGUUAAGAGUUUUGACUGUCUGCAACCUGUCUUCUAGCUUUACUGAAGCAGCAUAAAAAUUCUUAUGGUGACCCUAGGAAUGGGGAGGGCAGAUCUCAUUCUGUUUUAGUUGAAGUAACUAAAAUUAGGUAUGAAGCUUUCACAAGCAUUAGUUUGCCUGAACUAUUAACUCUUGUAUACUACAAAAAAACUAGUUAAGAUCAUCAGCUACAAUCACAUUUAAGUCCUUAUUUAAAAUUUUUGCUUUUGAUAUUUAUAAUCUAUAGCCUUUUACGAUGUGAAAUUUCUGGCAUUUUUGAUUAGCAGACCCUAGGAAGUUUGAAAAUGACACAAAUUAUCGACAGUUUUAAACCAUAUUUAGUAUUGUCUGUCUUACAUUUGAAUAACUUGAAAUUAAAAUACCUAAAAUAAGUUCAAGGUACUUUUAUUGUAUAGUAAUUUUAACAUUGUAAUGUUAAGAUGCUUAACAGCUGUAAUGAUUUUUUUGUUGCUUUGUCACCUAGAAUGGAAUAAAUAAAUGCUGAAAUAUUGGUGUCUUAAUCCGCUUGGCUUCCUAAAAAGGAAAUAAAAAUGGUAGAGCCAGAAGGAAAAUGAAUAGUUAAUCGUGGAGGAGGAGAAAACCUAGCCGAGUACUUUGACUAGAGGCAGCUGGGGAAGUGACGUCCGUAGCAUUUGCUGUUCUAGAAAGUACAGAGACACGUAGUGAAAAUGGGAGGAUCUAGAAGGAGGCCGUCUCCCGUGUAGUGUAUAUUUAUCUGUAAGUGAGCUGUUGGGGAAGGAAUUAAAUACGGAGACGCUGCCUGCUUGCCGCUUUAAGACAGCGAAGCUGAAUUGCUGAUUUGCUUUAACUUUUAAAAUACCCAGCUGGGUUUCUUUUUCUUAGAAUCAUUGUAUUGCUGAGACUGGGGACGCUGUUUUCUGUCACAAAGGGAAAUCUAAGUUCAUUUCAAGGCAUUCGAAAUGGGGAAAGACUAUUAUUGCAUUUUGGGAAUUGAAAAAGGAGCUUCAGAUGAAGAUAUUAAAAAGGCUUACCGAAAACAAGCCCUCAGAUUUCAUCCGGACAAGAACAAAUCUCCUCAGGCGGAGGAAAAAUUUAAAGAGGUCGCAGAAGCUUAUGAAGUAUUGAGUGAUCCUAAAAAGAGAGAAAUAUAUGAUCAGUUUGGGGAGGAAGGGUUGAAAGGAGGAGCAGGAGGUACUGAUGGACAAGGAGGUACCUUCCGGUACACCUUUCAUGGUGAUCCUCAUGCCACAUUUGCAGCAUUUUUUGGAGGUUCCAACCCCUUUGAAAUUUUCUUUGGAAGACGGAUGGGUGGUGGUAGAGAUUCUGAAGACAUGGAAGUAGAUGGGGAUCCUUUUAGCGCCUUUGGAUUCAACAUGAAUGGAUAUCCAAGAGACAGGAAUUCUGUGGGGCCAUCCCGCCUCAAACAAGAUCCUCCAGUUAUUCAUGAACUUAGAGUAUCACUGGAAGAAAUAUAUAGUGGUUGUACCAAACGAAUGAAGAUUUCUCGAAAAAGGUUAAACCCUGAUGGAAGAAGUUAUAGAACUGAGGACAAAAUUCUCACCAUUGAGAUUAAAAAAGGGUGGAAAGAAGGCACCAAAAUUACUUUUCCAAGAGAAGGAGAUGAAACACCAACUAGUAUUCCAGCAGACAUUGUUUUUAUCAUUAAAGAUAAAGAUCACCCAAAAUUCAAAAGGGAUGGAUCAAAUAUAAUUUAUACUGCUAAAAUUAGUUUACGGGAGGCAUUGUGUGGCUGCUCAGUUAAUGUUCCAACAAUGGAUGGAAGAACCAUACCCAUGUCAAUAAAUGAUAUUGUGAAACCUGGAAUGAGGCGAAGAAUUAUCGGAUAUGGGCUACCAUUUCCAAAAAAUCCUGACCAACGUGGUGACCUUCUAAUAGAAUUUGAGGUGUCCUUCCCAGAUACUAUAUCCUCAUCAUCCAAAGAAGUACUUAGGAAACAUCUUCCUGCCUCCUAGAAUGAAAAACUUUGUUACCCAUAUUUUGAUAAGGCACUGAAAAUAUAAAAGGACUGGCUGUUUACUGAUGUAGAUGUGAAUUCUGUAUAAAGACAUGUAAAUUAUUUUGAGGGUUCAUUAAAUUGCAUGAAUAGAGACGGGUCCUAUAAAUAGGCAAAAGGGAUUUUUACAGUUAAGAGAUGACGAAAAAACCAUGCACUGUAUUUUGUUUCAUUUUUCCCAAAUCAGAAAUUUUUAGUAUUUUGCUUACAUGUAAAGUUUGUUUUUGUGGAGUUCAUAGCUAUCUUUCUAAUAAAGUACUAGGCUAUCCAAGUACUGUAUUUCUUACAGCUUUACAGUAUCAGUAUGAUAGGUUCUCAUUUACAGUAGAAAUUUAAAUUCUUAACUAAACUAUACAUGUGAUAGGUAUUUCUAGAAAAUAAAAAGCCAAGUAACUUGGAAAUCUGGUUAACUAUAUUAAAAUCACCAUAUGAAAUGCUGCUAUAGGGCUGGUACCCAUAAAAGAUUAUCCAAAUACAUAUAUUUCACCGUUUUGAUUUUUAAGUAUGCUGUGGCAUUUCUUCAUUAACAUAGUUGUAAUGUUCCUAGGGCAGACCUUUUCUUCAUAAAAAGGAAAUUAAUGGUAAUUUAUCUCCUGUGGAAAUCCCAGUUGCCUGAAUUACUGAUGUUUUAGAAAUAGGUUGUUUUUAAAAUGCCAUAUAUGAUUUUAUGCAAGUUGACUAUAUAUCUUGGACUUAAUAAUAAAUUAUAGGUACAUUUUAUUGUCCACUAGUUAAUCUGUUUGAUAAUAAAUGCGUUUUUAGAGGAAAUAUUGUUACUUGGAAUUAAUUUUCCAGUUACACAAUCUUCUAUAACUUACUCAUAAUAUGCUAUAUAUGUACCAUAUGCAAUUUCCCUAAAAAGAAUGAACUACCACUACGGUGUUAAACCAAAAUAUGGGGAAAAUAAACACUAACUGCUGCUUAUGAAUGAUGUUGCUACUACUUGUUAUGCAUAUAAAUAUUUUACUUUUUCAUAUGUAUAGAUUGCAUUUCUUAGGUGUUUUAAUUUUUUAAAUAUAUUUACGUUUAAAAAAUUA